AUGUUCGCUGCUAGUUUACUCUCAAGGUUCAUGAGUAAACCAAGACAUUUACAUCUUGGAGCAGCAAAACGAGUUCUAAGGUAUUUCAUGGGAACCAUGGAACAUGGAAUCAGGUUUGAAAAGAAUUCUAAAAUUGAAGCUAAAGGCUACUGUGACAGUGAUUGGGCUGGAAGUGUUGAUGACAUGAAAAGCACUUCUGGUUAUGUGUUCAGCCUGGGAUCAGGAGUAAUUUCUUGGUGUUCAAAGAAACAAGACACUGUAGCGCAAUCUUCAGCUGAAGCAGAAUAUUUGGCAGCUGGUUUGGCUACACAACAAUCGUUGUGGUUGAGAAGAAUACUUGAAGAUAUCGGAGAAAGCAAGAAGAAAGUCUGUUGCUUCACUGUGACAAUAAAUCAGCAAUAG